CAUUCCUUCCGUUGUUUCGUACAAGCAAACACGAGCUCGUGUAAUUAACCACCGUAAGCUUGUAAAUAAAAUUUAUUUUGGGAAUUUAUUAUUAAAUUAUAAUUUAGUAAGUCAUUAAGAGUCUAAUGGCUAUUAAUAAUUAUUAAUAAAAGUAAAAAUAACAGUUCUAUCGGAUUUCCGCAGUAAAAACACGUGGUGGUGCAAACACGAGGAACUUGAGAGAGUUCGAAACAAAGGACAAAGAAAGCCACUAGUAGUUGCGUCAUUUACCAGACAUACAAUAAAAAAAUCCUGAACAAAAGGCUUCAAGCUAUAAAUAGUUGAACAUUGAAGACAAUUGUUUUUUUUUUUUGUUUAGUUUCUUAUUGUUUACUUCCCAACAAUGCAGAAAGAAACGGAAUCCGUAAUUUGUCCUUAUGAUCGUAAUCAUAUUAUAGAUCGAUCAAGAUUGCAAAGACAUUUGGUUAAAUGUUCAAAGAAUUUUCCACCCAACUACAAAGAAACGUGUCCAUUUAAUGCUACGCACUUGAUGUCUGAGUCGGAAUUAAAAGCGCACAUCAAAGAUUGUCCGGAUAGAAAAUAUAUCGACCAUGAUCAUUUCCGUUUUGUCUUGAAGAAUCAUGGAUCUAUAAAUUCUUGCCCACCUUCUAUUGCUGAAAGUAAUAUUGAUCAUUAUGAUGAAUCUUGGAAUGACUGUUUAUCAGACACUUUUAGUGCCAGUGUAUCAGUUGUUAGUAAUAGUUCAUUGGCAUCAAGUGUAAAAAAGACAUUGAGAACCCCCAAGGGACGUUCUGAAGUUUUUAUGGUGGACCUGACUGAGGAAUCAAAUGCUGAAGAUGUUGAUUCUGUUGCCAGUUCUGCGUUUGUCUAUGGCCGUGGUAAAUUUAUGCAAAAUCCGAAAACUAUGAAUCUACCAAAAGUUGGUAGACGUUUGAAACCAAUUGCUGAUGAUUUGGAAGUCGGCGCAUCAGCAAUAACUGACGUUGAAGAUACUGAGUCUGUAAUAAAUUACGGUAACGGUAUGGGCCGUGGAAUUAUUCAUUCGAUUGGAAGAAAACUUAACAGUAGAUAUGAUAGUGAUACUGAUGACUCAAGAUCUACUGUUAGUACGAUUGGUCGUAGACCAAUAAGACGCUGAUUAUUUCUUCGAGAGAUAUAAAUAAUAAAUAUACAGACAUACAAAGUAAACCAGCCAGCCCCUAGCAGCCAUUUUUCUUUAAAAACUAUUUUUUAUAUAUUUACAUGUCACAAAAACCUUAACAUUUUUUUUUACUGAUUCUAGAAUAAUUAAAAAGUAAAUUUUCAGCAAAAUACCAGUAGUCAGCUGCCAUUCAUUGUCCAUAAAAAUAAUAAUUCAAUGGAUUUAAAAUACUGUCUCUAAAUCAUUAUAUUAAUAACAUAUAUAUAGGGUUAGUUAUUGAUAAAGGACUGGCAGUCGGAUACUUCUCUAAAUCUUUUUUUAUUUUAUAACAAAAUUAUUCUUCCUUUUUUUUUUUAUAUGAUUAAAAUAAUCAUUAACUUGAUAAUCAAAACUAUUAGCAAUAUAUGUCCAAGUAUUAAAAAACAAGUAUUUUUAUGAUCUCAGCGAGCUUAAGAGUUAAUGAGAAAUUAACAAAAAAUAUAUUUAUUUAGAGUAAAAAUAUACUUGAAAUUAAAUAAUUAAUUGUCUAAUAUAAGUUUAUAUAUUAGUGUCGGGCUUGCUACAUAAAAAAGUAUUAAUGAAUAAAAUAUAUUGCAUUAUUUUGAAAGAUAAAUGACAAACGAUAUAUAUUAU